AUGUCGGGCUCCAUCAAGACCAUACGGCUCGGCGCACCUGCCCUGCCUACCUACGACACGUCCGACGGCCACUCUCGGAUGUUCUGGGGCGGCGCGGACGAGGAUAUCGACCCAAACGGAAGCCUCCCGGUGAUCAGGGUACUACAACGCGGCCAAUACGAUAUUUCUCUCACUUUCGGAGCCGUGAGCUGGUAUGAACAGAUCCCCGCAGGGACCACCAGCGCCGUCGUUCAAGGCUACCUCCAACCUGAUGGCAGCGACACAAUCGAGACGGAGCCCUGCACAGCACAAGGAACUGUCAAUUUGCUCAACAAAGAUAGCAUCAGCCUCUCGGCCACGCUCGCGCCUGCCAGACAGGAACUUCCGUGGGGCCUUCAUGGUACGAUUCACUGGUCUCUGGACAACGGGGGCACCCGGCUGGAGCUCGGCCAAACCCCUAUCGAACUCUACUUCAUUGGCAAAGCAGACAUGCCCGACUUCCUGUUCCGCGGCGUGCCCGUUGAGCUUUUCCGCAAGUUCCUACUCCCGCUUCGUCUCAUGCAGAACGACCCGGACAUUGGAGCCUUCAAUUCCCCUACACUUCAUCGAGAUAUCCAAGAUACCCGCGACGGAUGGCUUACCUACGUUACUGAUAAAUUGCAUUAUCAAAAGAGCACCCGGUAUGACGUCAAUGGGGGCGGUUCCUCCCACUACUUCAACGGUGGAUCCGCGCCCAUCAGGCUAGACUUUUGGGUACACGACACUGCGACAACGGACAUGCAUGUUCUCAACUGCUAUGACCUUGCGGGCCUCAUGGAUGUGAUCCUUCCACUAGGUCUUAACGACUCCGCCAAUGUCUUGCAGAUGAACCCGUUUGGACCCGACUUGGUCACGGAUGUCAACGACCCCAAGCGAUCCGCAUUCGGUACCCAUGUCUUCAUGACCAUAGCGGAUGCCAAGAACCAGACCGAGCGUGUCCUCGACGCAACCUGUCGACCACUGGACGUCGGGCCACAUGACGGUAGGGAAGCGGUGCCCGAUUACCUCAAGGCGUCAAUCGACGACACGACUGCCCUUUAUCAAAUGCCAGAAGCCGAGUUCCUGAGCAAAGGCGGGCGGGCUGACCACGCGAAGCUGACCGGUGAAGAUGACCUCCGCUACCAGCUGGGGAAAUUCAGCGACACAGACCCCAAACACCCCGUCAACUGGGAUGGCGUCAACAAGCUAUACACGCGCCCCGAAAUCUUCCACCCCACGCUGCUCGAUCCCCAGAACCGUGCCGGCGGCGUGCUCGCCAGCGUCAAGCAAAUCUUUGGCAGCUGCCCCGGCUGCGAUCCCAGGGUCGGCGUGGACGCGAACGCCGUCACGGCCGAGUGGUGCCUGGAUCUGGGCGGCCAGCCCGCCAGCUUGACGAUUGCGAGCGCCGUCACGCGCUACGACCCGAAAGAGCUCUUCGCCCAGGCCAUGAAGGAGAUCAACGGGGAUUAUCGUGCCGUCUCGCCCGCCGAUGCGGAUUCGGGGAUUGCUCUGUGGCAGCAGGACAAUUACUUUAUCCAAUUUUCCAUGGAUUCCCGAGCCGAGCUGGCUUCCUACGUUCAGAAAUUGUCGGACAUGAUUGCGGGCUUGCCGGCGCCCACUCCCCUGAACAUUUCCGUCGCCAUGUCCGGGUCGGGUAGCUAUAGCGUCGGCGAGACAUUUACUGCUACAGUGAGCGGACUGCCCGAUGAUAUCGUGCCGCUCGAUCUUGACAUCACAGGAACGGAUGUGCUCUACCUGUCAUCAUCGAUUAGCGGAAGCUCGGCAACAUUCACAUUCCUAGCUCGGGACACGACGGAUGACGGGCCCAAUGUAAUCGAAAUCAGCAGCUGGGGCACUGGUUUGACGUGGCAGACUGCGGGUCCCCAAAAGGUAUCCAUUACGGCAUGA